CUAUUAUCCCUAAUAAAAUAGUAGUAUAUAUUACCUAGAAAUGGAACUUUCCAGUCAAGAAGGGGAGAUCCCAAUUCCUUUGAACAGUACAUAUGGUGGGGGACAUGGGCAUGGGCAUGGGCAUAUGAUACAUCAUGAUCAUGUUCCACCCCAUAACCAUAUCAUACCUUCAUCAGCACCCCAAGUCCUUUCCAAUGGCCCUUCCUCCUUGUCGAUGGAAGACCAUGUGCCCUACAUGAAACCGGUGAGGUACCGUGAGUGUAUGAAGAACCAUGCGGCUGCCAUGGGAGGAAAUGCCACCGAUGGGUGCGGCGAGUUCACGCCGAGUGGUGAAGAGGGUACCGUCGAAGCACUGACUUGCUCCGCUUGUAACUGCCAUAGGAACUUCCACAGAAAAGAAGUGCAAGGCGAGCCCUCAUUUGAUUGUUACCCGUUGCACGGUGUGAGCGGCAGAGUUGGGAGAAAACUCCUCUUGGGUCACCACCACAAGAGUAUCCUAGCACCUGAGGCUCUAGGGUACCCUACAGGUACUCUCAUACACUCGAGAUCAGCAGCACCAACGCCCCACCAAAUGAUAAUGUCCUGCAACAUGGUCUCCCUCCCUUCAGAGUCCGAUGAGCAGCCGGAAGACGGUGAUUGGGUAGUCGGAAACAGGCCUCUACAACUCAUGAAGAAAAGGUUUAGGACCAAGUUCACACAGGAACAGAAGGACAAAAUGCUCAACUUUGCCGAAAAAGUUGGGUGGAAAAUCCAAAAGCAAGAAGAAUCAGUGGUGCAACAGUUCUGCCAAGAGAUUGGUGUCAAGAGAAGAGUCCUCAAGGUCUGGAUGCACAACAACAAGCACAAUCUAGCCAAGCAAAACCCAUCAAAUCCCACCACCGCCGCCGUCCCCACCACCACCGCUGCAUGA